CUUAGAAAUUUAGUCGGUUAGAGGUAAUCAGAAGAAUUACAGGGAAGGCAUAUUGAAUUUUUUACUUUUACCGCCUCGAGGCUCUGUCGCCCUCCAGUCUCCGUGGAUCUCCACGGCCUUAGCUGCCACGGGCAGCAUUUUGAGCUUCGAAGUGUUAGCAAACAUUAGGGAUAGCUGUGAAUUUACUUGGUGAAAUGUGUCGAUCAUAGUUUGAGUAUGAGCGGAGAAAGCUUUAUUUUUCCCUUUCUCUAUCAAUUUUGCUCCAUCAGCCAAGUGAAGUGACGGAUGAGAACAGUUCUAGUGGUAACUAAGGCAAGAUAGUACAAGAAAAGGGUACAAGAAAAGGGACGUUGAUAGAUUUGUAACGAGGAUAAACUGGAUUUUACUUGAAAAAUCCAUUUAGAUUCAAAUGGGUGAUAGUCAGUACUCCUUUUCUCUCACCACCUUCAGCCCAUCUGGGAAGCUUGUUCAGAUUGAACAUGCCUUAACUGCAGUUGGGUCUGGUCAAACAUCAUUGGGGAUUAAAGCUGCUAAUGGUGUUGUUAUUGCAACUGAGAAAAAAUUACCAUCCAUCCUGGUCGACGAGACAUCUGUACAAAAGAUCCAGAAUUUGACUCCAAAUAUUGGAGUUGUAUACAGUGGUAUGGGCCCUGAUUUCCGAGUUCUAGUUCGGAAAAGUAGGAAGCAAGCCGAGCAAUAUCAUCGGCUGUAUAAAGAACCAGUUCCUGUUACACAACUUGUCCGGGAAACUGCUACUGUCAUGCAGGAAUUUACUCAAUCAGGUGGUGUAAGACCAUUUGGUGUUUCACUCUUGGUUGCUGGAUAUGAUGACAAGGGGCCACAACUUUAUCAAGUGGAUCCAUCAGGUUCAUACUUCUCAUGGAAAGCUUCAGCUAUGGGGAAGAAUGUGUCUAAUGCAAAAACGUUUCUCGAAAAGAGGUACACGGAGGAUAUGGAACUUGAUGACGCUGUUCACACUGCUAUUUUGACCCUCAAAGAGGGGUUUGAAGGACAAAUUUCUGGCAAAAACAUUGAGAUUGGCAUUAUUGGCAAUGACAGAAAAUUUAGGGUGCUUUCACCAGCUGAAGUUGAUGAUUACCUGCAGGAAGUAGAGUAGAGUUUCUUCUCUAGCGAGGAGAUUGGAGAUUUUUACAUUUGUAUCAGAAAUAAAGCGUAUUCAGUGAUAGAAAUUCUGGUGUUUUAACUAUUUGGGCUAUGAUCGUUCUUCCCGGUGGUUCUAUUCUUAAAACGUUGGAAGUGUUAAUAACGUCUGCAUCAUUUACCUUGUGCAAACUUGCAGUGCCCUUGGACCCCAUCUGUAUCUCAUAGUGCAUUUGGUUAUUUGGUCUUAAAAUUAUUCCGUUGGAGAUGUUGACCUUUA